AUGACUGUUAAAACUUUUACAUUAUCUGGUAUUGAGCCAUUCAUUAUACCAUCACAAUCAAGUACUGAUACUAAAGAGUUGGGUAGUAGACUAUCUGAAGGUAUUACUUAUAUCAAAGAAUACAAUAGAAUAUAUUGGGUUGAUAUUUUUUUAGGUGAAAUUUAUUCUUGUAAUGGUAACACUCAAGGUGGCUCCGUUCCCGAUGGAUUGUUAAAAAUUAAAUUAACUAAAUCCAAUUACAAAUCUGCCGGAAAUACAACAAUUCCCUAUCCUGGUGCCGAGAUUUCGUAUGAUGAAAGAUGUGGUGUUGUUUUUCCUACCACAAUUAAUCCUAAUACUGUACUUUUUGGCGGUAAGCAUGGGGUUGGUGUGGCUGAUUUAUCCGCUAAUACAUGGCAUUAUAAAUUACUUUACAGGGACCAUGUUAAAGGUGCAGGCAAAGAUUGGGCCAAUUUGAGAUCUAAUGACGGAAAUGUCAAUCCUAUUAGCGGCGAUAUUUAUAUUGGUGUAAUGAAAGAUUUCCAAAGCGAUGACAAAUUUUUAGAGCAAGGUUGUGUAUUGAAAAUUGACAAGAGUUUUACUAAUGCCAAAAUUGUUGUUGAUAAUAUUAAAAUUCCAAAUAGUAUUAAUUGGUAUAAGCAAGAUGAUAGUUGGAAGGUUUUACUUACUGAUAGUUUGGGAUUUAGAAUUUUGCAAUUCAAGGUGGAUUCAAAAACUGGUGAUUUCGUUACCGCUAGUUCUACUACAGACAAUAAAGAGACAUACCCAGUUAAAUUUAUUGAUAUUAUUAAAUCUAAUAAUGAAAAAUUUGCUUCACCUGAACCUGAUGGUAGUGUGGUUUAUAAAAACAAAUAUUUUAUCACUGCAGUUUGGUCAAGUAAUAAAAUUCAAAUAUAUCAAAUAGAUACUUCUGCUAAUUCAUCUGAGAGAUUAAAGUUUGAGUAUAUUUUGCCCGACACCAGAUUGAUCUCCUGCUGUUGUCUAGGCCCCAAAUAUAAUGAGUUAUUAGUCACUACAGCUAGUGAAGAUAUUCCCAACAAAAUGUAUAAAGGUGGGUGGAUAUAUAAGAUUGAUUUAUUAAAAGAUAAUCCUUCAUUAUUUUGUAGGGAAAAAGAUGAUACUUUUGCUGAAUCAUCUAAAAUUUUGUUUAGAUUAUUAUAA